CGACCGCCGGUCCGAGGAGAGCCAACAUGGCGGAGAUGACGCUUCAAACUCUGUGACGCCCAUCCUGACGGCUGCCGACAACGCCGGAGAAAGCCAAGACAACCAUUGCACCUCUAUCGCGGACUCUCUCGCCGCUUGCUUUAUAAUGAGGCCCCCGAACAAACUAAGGAACAAGUUUGUUUUAACGAAAGAUCCAUCUCUUGAACGGUUCGCACGUGACAGAGCCCAGUGCAAAGACGCGUUCGAGCCACGCUCACAAUUCGCGGACAUGGGUACGGUUGGUGAAUCUGAGUUGGCCAAUGAAGCGUGGUUGAAAAUAACGCAAUUGAAGGAAUGCCUUGAGGAGCUGAAGACAGAGGAGCGACAUCUCUUGGCUGGGCAGCGUGCGAAAAAAGUCUAUCUAUCCCGGAGAAAAAAAGAGCUGCGCAAGCACGAAGGCAACAAGCUGUCUAAACAGUUGGCGAACCGCUUCAAACAUCUGAAGCAGCUUUACUACUCCGAGACAAUGGCUCUCAUCGAGAAGACGAACGAGAAACUUGACGAACUAACAAGCGCCAUCCGGGGAGAGCGAGAGGAAGACUUGAAGGCCAUCCAGGUCCGGCUUCCUGCCGUGUCCACCAUCACGAAGGCGGCAGUUCAGCUCCAGAGC